AUGUUUGAGCCCGAUUUCGAGGGCCGGGUUGAGCUUAUUGCGGUUGAGCUGAAGAAAGGCUUCAACCUAGAAAUUCUUAGCAACUUCCGCGUACCGUCGCGUGCAGUGCUGGAUGCCCCGGUGCUGGGGGACGCAAGAGGUAUCCUUGCGGAUUUGGGGAAGUUUGAGAAGCGCAUCCCCAAAAAGUAUGUGGAGAAGAAACCGGUGAAGAAAACCGCGCGGGGUCGUGAAUCCGAAGGUGCAAUUUAUUCUCUCUUUGACUUCCCUACGUCUCCCCUGCGUACCGCUGCUGCGGGUGCGGGUGUACCGAAGGAGACUGUUGUGCCCAAGGAGCCUGCGGCCCCUUUUGUUGGGCCGGUUCGCGAUCCCACCGUGGAGAAGACGGUGGAAACGACUGCUGACCAGAUAUUCGACACUGAGAAAGCUGCAGCUGAGGCAAUUGCGGUUAAAGCGCAACAAGCAAAGGCCCUGGCUGUUAAGGCGCUGGAAGAGGCCAAGGAAACGGGGACUCGUGCUGCAAAGGCCCUUGAGGAGGCCAAAGAGAGGGAGAGCCGCUCUUCUAAGGCUCUUAAAGAGGCGAAUGCUGAGCGCGCUCGUUUGGAUAAAGUGGUUGCCAGCCUUCAGGCUGAGGUUCAGGCCCGGGAGGUCGCGGUUACAGACCUCACAGCCCGCGUGACUGCGACGGAAGAGCGGGCCAAUGUUGCCGUUGAGGCCAGAGAUGCUCUGACCUCUUCGUUUAACCAACUGGAGGCUGACCGUGAAUGGAUGCGGAGUCAUGGUAUCGCGCGUAUUGUUCAGGCUAUCAUGGAUGCGCCUGAGACCGCAGAUGGUUUAGCCUUGGUCAAGGAACGUGUCCGCGAUGCCGGAUUUAAAGCUGGUUAUAACCGCUGCAUUUCCCAUAUGAACGUCAUGUCUAUAGGCGAGGCUGCGGAUUACGUUGACCGGCUGCGGAUGCUGUAUGCUGAUACAGAAGAGGAAGACCCCGCUGGUGGUGUUGGGGAUGACGCGGGUACCAGCGGUAGAAAAUAG